AUGGCAGUCUGCAAGGUCGUAUGGCCUCAAGAUCAUCGGUACAGAAACGGAGGUGGACCUUCGGCAAUUGAUACUCUGCAAGCUGCGUCACUCGUGUUCUCGCGCCCUCUUGAGCGAAUCGCGUUUCGUGAUGAUUCGAAGAGCAAAGGAGGACCAUCGCAGGCGCGGUGUGGUCGCAUGACGAGCGCAAAGGGACAAAUCCUGUUAAGCAAUACGCCCACCUAUUGUACGACUGUCAACACCUCGCUUGAUACUCCGAGAAGAUGCCGUACUCAUCCCGCCGCAGAGACUCCGGACGCGACUGGUAUGCAGACUCGUCUGCGUAUUAUCAAAGACUACCCUUCGACGCACAAAUCAUACGGACGGUCCUCGACAUACACCAAACACCACGCUUAUUCUACAUACAACAAUACACAACGGAGCGACCGACGCCGGAGGAGGACAUAUGACGACGAGCAUGGGUACAGCGAUAUGGAGUUCGUACCGAAAAGCACAGGUAGUGAUAUCUGCCCUCAAGAGGGAUACGAGUAUAGCAAGCGGUCUACGAGAUACCGAACCCAUGGCGAACCUCAAUCCCAUUACGCAUCGGUAGUGGCGGCAAGCUCUGUACUGCCUUCACUCGAACAAGUGAAACUAGGCUCUCAAUUGAUGGCGGACAACCUUCCUCCAGGCUAUGAUAUCUGGUUUACAGACCCGGACGGCAAAGUGAGAUCACCAGAGGAAUUAGGAUUUCCCGAUACGUCCAACGGGCAGGAUCAGUCAUGGGAUCCCGCUAAUGGAGCCGCUCAUAGCUUCCCCGACACUGGCAGGGACCGUCCAUGGCAUGAGUCGCAGGGAGGAGCACCGCCACCAAGUGCUAGCCCAGAAGAUCAUUCAUGGGACCCGCCAACCGGAGACGGCCAGGGAUACGCAAAUGGCGAGUCCGAACAACCUGAGCCCGGUCGACGGGAAUACCUGGAGAAGGUAUUCGAAGGCGUCAGGAUGGAUUGGUCGCUCAUCUGUUACUCUGAUGACGAGUUGCAAGAGAUGAUCGAGAUUAUGAUUCACAUACGAAACUAUUGUGUCCCGGCGCCGAGGGAUCCUUCUUGCGGUUGCCCAUGUCGGUAUUACUACUACAGCCAGAAUAUCUAUUCUACGACGACAGACGACGGCUCAGCAUGCCUUAUCCAGCUCUUCCGUAUAGCGGAGAACGCCGUCCGAGCCAGAAGGCCAAAGAGAGCAACGAACAGUGUAAAAAGUGCUGCAGAACAGUCUUAUCGAAGCCUAGACCAAGACAUCGAAAGUAGAACACGCACAAGGCGGGAUAUUAUGGUCUAUACCAUCAAGCCGGAACAAACUGCCGCCUCCUUCACCCCUGCUGCCCCUUACAGCUAUAGCAGAGACGGCCACGGAACCCUCGAUACGGGAUGUUUCGAUGUUGGUCCUAAAAUGUUAUUUGCAACUCUGUAUCAUCUGCUGACCUUGAGGAAAUUCAGUCAAUGGAAGAGAGAUCUAAGAAACCCGGAGCUUCUCUCCUAA